AUGAAGUCUCUAUCAUUUUUCAUACUUACGGUUGUUAAAUUUGGCAUCUUUCUAUGGUCUAUUCUAUCAGUGAGACUUGUUCAAAGUGAUAUAGACAACUUCAUAUAUACAGAAAACUCUAAUAUUACUGGAAAACAACCUUUCGUCUUGGGUAUUUGUCAUUAUGAAGACAAUACUAAUACUGUAAUUAUUCGUAUAGGUCGGGACAACAGUACUGGUUAUAUUAGAUGUUUUGAGCAGAGUUUAUUACUUCGCGUUAUUCAAGCAAAUGGAAGCGUCAUUGAAAUAAAUUAUGACAAUAUUGAGGAAAUACAAUAUAUUAAUUAUUGUUAUGUUAACGGCAAUGGAGUAUUUGAUUUAUUACAAAAUGGCACGCUCAAUAUUUCAAGCGACUUUCAAAUCAGUUUACUUGGAACUUUAGAUGGUGGAUAUGCGAUUAUAUAUGCUAACACAACUAAUAACAAUAAUAUGGCUUCAAAUUAUACGUUAGCCGCUCAGUUUACCACAAAUGCAGGAUUGUAUGCCAUAAUGUUGGGCUAUAAUCAAACAAAGAUAAACAAGACAAUUGUUUUAAAUGAAAUAUCGACUCCUAAUGUUAAAAUAAAAUUCACUGCUUUGCUUUGCACAAUUAACUACCUUUCCGUUGCAACUACGACCGCUGCUAUACCGGUUACCACCACGCCAGUUACACCAUUCUAUAUUAAAGUACAUUUUCUUUCCACCGGCUCUGUGCUAAAUGUGGAAACAAAAUUCAACAUACCUUUGAAUAACAUAACGGCUAUUAGAGCAGUACCAUUUGGAGGAUACGCAUUAAUGUCAUAUUCUUAUAAUGGACAAGUUAUAAAUUUAAAUUUUAGUCUUUAUGAUGAUUAUAAUAAUUGGUCUAACUGGGUAUUCCCGUGGCAGCCUAUUGUCUCAAAUUUAGUUGGCGCGUUUGAUAUAUUGCAAAAUAAUACAUUACUAAUUGCAUUAAAUGAAACAACUACCGCUUGGAAUCUCCUUUUACUAGAUUUGCCUCAACUUACGUAUAAUGAUAGUGGUUAUGGUAAUCUGCAAGUAAAUUCUACGUACCCUCUGAUAGACUCUAAUAAUCUUACACUAAAUUUCAACUAUAUUAAUAUCACAUAUCAAUAUCCUGUUUUAUUUGCGGAUGGCAUUUUAUAUAUCUAUCAAAAAACCAAUCAGAGUGAUAUUCUUCGACAAUUGAUUAGAUCAAAAAAUUGUAAUACUAGCGAAUGCAAUAUUUUGGACAAUGUUGUUACGCUCUAUGUGCUCAAUUGUACUUUUAAUCAGCCGGGUGGGCAAUAUUAUAUACAAAUAGAAGACAAUUUUGUAAUGAGCGCAGAUAACAAAGAAUUCAUACCAGGAAUUACUCCAAAUACAUGGAAUUUUCAAACAGAUAAUAGCACCAUACAAAGUCAAGGGAGUGAUGUUGGUGUCCAGGGAAAAUUGCGAUUGACAAUUAAUGGAUCUCUGUAUUUUCAAGGAUUGAAUGACUCAAAAAAACAUGAAUUUUUUACAAAUUUAACAAGUGAACUCGUAAUCAUAAUUCCCACAAAAGAAGGAAGAUUGAGUUCAAAUGAACGUAAUCAAAUUGAUACAUCUUCAACAGGAUCGCAAAUUCUUAUCUCGCUUUCUAUUAAUGCGGCAAAAAAUGAUGGAAUUGCUACCGCAACGAUCGAAAAUGAUUUAAAUCUACUGAUACAAAAUAAAGAAUCGACAAAUAUAUCAACGAGUUCUACUACAAAGUAUUUAGACAAAGAUUAUGGAUUUCGAGAAAUAAGUAAGAACCAUAACAAUAAAGGAGUUCCUCAAAUCAAAUACGGAAAAAUUAACUUUGUUUUUUGUAGUCAUAUUUCUAUUUUUACUGAUACUUUUCAUAACAAAGAAAAGAUCACCAGAGGAUUAAACUUGUUCCUAGCAUUUUUAAUAUUAUUUACUGAACGGGAUCGAAAAUUUAUUGAUUGGUUUGCAAAAUAUGGAAAGGUCGCUAUUUCAGUUGCGGUAUUAUCUGGUUCAAGUAUUGAUGUGUUAUUAAUAUUAAAAUCGUAUUUUAUGGAGCUUGAUCUUCUUAACGCUCCAUUUUCUGAUAAGUCUCUGAAAUUAAUUUUUUGGGGAUCUUGCUCUGAUAUACUUCUAGCCGAUAUUCCACAAUUUGCUAUUCAGAUAUCUUAUAUUCUUUAUAGUAUCGAAAUUGAGGUUAUUCUAUUAUUCUCUUUGAUAGCAUCAAUUAUUUCAAUACUUUUUAACAUACUUAGUAAAUUAAUCUUUAUUAAAUUUAAAGAACAUUCUCCUUAUUUAAAUAUUUCACAAGAGCAUAAUAUGAACUAA